UUGGACAUCCGGGGCUCGGCCACGGGCGAGACAUGAGCCGCUCCCUGAGUUCCGGUCGGUCUGCAGAGAACAGGAAGACUUGACCAACUUAAAGGAAGCCAAUGUGAAGGCUUGUUGACCCGGUUACACUGACAUCGCUACAGCUGAGCGUUGGUAGUGGAACCAAAUAAGAGCAAAAAUACACUGCCAAACUUCUGAUCACCCCCCUAGACCCGACUGGACCAGGACCUGACCGGACCAGUACCAGGACCAGCACCAGGACCGGACCAGGUCCCCUCCUCACUGCAGAAGACAUGGCUCGGCUCUGGUUGGCGGUUGUCCUCACGUCUGGGAUGCUUCAGUUCUGUUUCUCCUUUAAUCUGGACGUGGAAAACCCCGCCGUGUUCUCUGGACCAGAGGGGAGCUACUUCGGCUUCUCGGUGGACUUCUUCAAGACCGCCAACAACCAGAAGUCAGACGUGUUGGUAGGGGCUCCAAGGGCUAACACCACGGAGGACAGCGCUGUGGUGGAGCGAGGGGCGGUGUACAGCUGUCCCUGGAGCUCUGCAGCCUGCGAGCAGCUCCACUUCGACAGCACAGACAACAGGAAGUCUGCUGAAGGAGUACAGAUGGAGUUUAAGUCCAGGCAGUGGUUCGGAGCGUCGGUCCGUUCGGACGGGGAGCACAUCCUGGCCUGUGCUCCUCUGUACCAGUGGUCAACCUACAGCUAUGCAGAGAGAGAGCCGGUGGGAACGUGCUUCCUGAAGAAAGGAGAAGCAGUGGUGGAGUACUCUCCCUGCCGAUCCACCGAGGCCUCUCCUGAAGGCCAGGGGUUCUGCCAGGCUGGUUUCAGUGCAGACUUCCUCAAGAACAAUACAAGAGUGGUGGUCGGAGGCCCAGGCAGCUUCUACUGGCAGGGUCAGCUGAUCUCUGAUGAUGUGUCAGAGGUCUUCACUCGCUUUGACCAGAAAAACUUUAAGACUAGCUAUGCGAACACACUGGCUACCAAGUCAGCCAGCGCCCAGUACGAUGACAGUUACCUAGGGUACUCUGUGACUGUUGGAGACUUCAACAAAGACGGACGAGAGGACUUCAUCACUGGGGUGCCGAGAGGGAACAAUGCACUAGGAUACGUGAACAUCUUUAAUGGUCUCAACAUGCAGUCCAUGAUCAACUUCACUGGAGCCCAGAUGGCGGCCUACUUUGGCCACUCUGUAGUUGCUUCUGAUGUCAACAACGAUGGGACUGUGGAUCUGUUGGUGGGAGCUCCUCUCUUCAUGGGCCGAGGCUCGGAUGGCAAACUGAGGGAGGUGGGGCAGGUGUCUGUGUACCUGGGGAGAGGUGGUUUCUCCUUCCGUCCCGCCCAGACGCUGACUGGCUCCGAGAUCUAUGCCCGCUACGGCUCAGCCAUCGCGGCCCUCGGAGACCUGGACAUGGACGGAUACAACGAUGUGGCGGUGUCAUCCCCUUACGGGGGUCCCAAGCAGCAUGGGCUGGUCUACAUCCAUAACGGAGGCCCCGGGGGUCCCUCCCCCUCUGCCUCACAGGUCCUGCAGGGUGUUUGGGCGUCCAGCUACAUGCCUGCUAGCUUUGGCUACGCGAUAACUGGCAACACUGAUAUAGACCGAAACGGAUACCCAGAUCUUAUAGUUGGAGUGUUUGGGGCGGACAAGGCUGUUUUAUACAGGGCUCGUCCUGUCAUCGGUGUGAAUGCCACCCUGGACAUCACUCCUCAGAUCCUCAACGCAGAAGAAAAGAGCUGUAUCCUCCCUGGAACUAGCACCAAGGUGUCCUGUUUUAGGGUGAAGUACUGCCUUGAGGCCGGCGGGAUGGGAGCUCCAGCCAUCCUGAGUUUCAGGGUGGACCUGGUUCUGGACCGUCUGAAACACAAGGAGGCCACCAAGCGAGUCCUGUUCCUCCACAGCGGAGCCUUCCAGUACGCAAAGAACAUGAGCGUGUCCAACCGCCUUGGGUUUGCCUGCGAGGAGCUGGAGGCCUACCUCAAAGAUGAGGGGGAGUUCCAGGAUAAGAUCACUCCCAUCUCCGUCGUGAUGGAGUUCAGUCUGGACUACAAGCUGGCAGCGGACAGCACCGGCCUGCUGCCAAUCCUGGGCAUGAAGGCUCCUUCCAACCUCACCAAACAGGCUCACAUCUUGCUGGACUGUGGUGAAGACAACAUCUGUAAGCCCGACCUCAGGCUGUCUGUGAAGAGCGACAGGAAGCAGCUGUACAUCGGCGACGACAACGAGCUGACCCUGGAGAUCAGCGCAGAGAACUGGGGGGAGGGGGCGUACGAGGCCGAGCUACGCGUCUUUCCGCCCCCCCAGGCCGACUACACCACGGUGGUCCGCAGCCAGGCUCUAUCCAGGCUGUCGUGUAACUCCAAGAAGGAUAACGAGACCAGAGUGGUGGUGUGUGAGCUGGGAAACCCCAUGAAGGGAGGAGCCAAGGUCCUGGCGGAGCUGCGCUUCAGUGUCCACCAGCUGUCAGAACAUGACACCUUCGUCCAGUUUGACCUGCAGAUCUUCAGCUCCAACCAGUUCAACAACCGUAGCCCACUGGUAUCCAGCAGGACCAACCUGACUGUGCUGGCCAAGGUCAACAUCAGAGGCGCGUCUAUUCCAGACCAGGUGUUGUUACCAAUAGCCGACUGGAAGCCCAGAAACCCCCCGGUGUCAGGAGACGACAUCGGACCCCAGAUACUACACAUAUACGAGCUUCGCAACAGUGGUCCCAGUGCAUUCAGUAAGGCCAUGCUGGUGGUGGACUGGCCAUAUCUCUAUGGCAACGGCUCUCUGCUUGACAUCAUUUCCUAUGACGUCGACGGACCAAUCAACUGCACCACAGAUGUGGAGAUAAACACCUUCAACGUGUCCAAGACGGUCUCCUUGGAGAAGCCUGGAGACCGAGGGAACGAGGGCCGGCAGCCAAACCACGUCCACAAGAGGGCCCUGGAGGAGCCCCGGCCCCAGGACCACCUGCAGAUCCUGGACUGCACCACUGCAUCAUGCCUGAAGCUGCGUUGCCAGGUUGGCCGCCUGGAGCGAAACCAGGGUGCGACGCUGUUCAUCUACUCAAGACUGGCCGUCAACAACUUCCUCAGGGCAGAGAACCAGAACAAGUCCUACACGGUGAGGUCUUCAGCCUCCUUUAGUGUGAUCGAGAUGCCGUACAAGAAGCUGGUGUCUGAGAUGCCCUCCAACAGCACCACCUUGAGCGUCUCGGUGCUCUGGUUGACUGACAAGCCCCCCCCCGUCCCGGGCUGGAUCGUAGCGCUUGCUGUCCUGGCCGGACUCCUGCUGUUGGCCCUGCUCAUCUUCAUCAUGUACAAGGUGGGUUUCUUCAAGAGGGUGCGACCCCCGCAGGAGGACUGUACGGAGAAGGAGCAGCUGCAGCCGGAGGAGAACGGCAACGCCGAUGCCUAGUGGCGCUCCGGGAACACCUACUACCUGGAGGAUUCUGGGUGACGUAGUCGCGUCCCCUGACGAUACGACUGCGCUCCAGUGCCAUGAUGUAGUUCGAUUUCCUUGGAUGUGGUGAUGAUCCCAUGUUGUUUCCUACUGAGUAAACCUGCAGAAGGUCUAUUAACACCAAACAUCACACAAAACUUACAAUGCUUACUUUCAAUUUCAGAAUAAGCUGAUUUAUGGUGGAUAGUGUGGUGGUUUUCAAACUUGCAUUUCUGCCUUUAAUUGAGAUGAAUUAACCCAUAGUUCAGCAAAGUAAUGAUUUAUGAAGAUAAAUCAUUACUGAAGAUCAUGGCUGCUAUUAAGUUUGGCUCAAGCACCGGCAGUCAUUUAUUUACAGCUUUUGUGUGCAAAUGAUUCCAAUUAUUCUGUCUAUAUGUGCUUUCUUUCUAUAAGGUUUGUGAUUUAGCUUCUCACUAAACACAUUAAAUGAUAAUGAGCAUUGUUGUGUGCGCCACACA